UCCGCCAGCCCCGCCCGCCCCGCGGCGCCGCACCGACAAGAUGGCGGCGGGUGGGAGCGGCGGCCGUGCGUCAUGCCCGCCGGGGGUCAGUGCGGGCGCGGGGGGCGGCCCGGGUCCCAGUGCCAACGCUGCCCCCGCCCCCGGCAAUGCGGCUGCGGCCGCCGCCCCGGCCCCCGCCACCCCGGGGACGUCCCCUCCGGGCUCAGGGCCCGGCGCACAGGCCGCGGCGGGAGGGGAGCGGGUGGCCGAGGAGCCCGGGGCAGCGGCGCUGCUGCGCGAGCCGGUGUACAACUGGCAGGCCACCAAGCCCACGGUGCAGGAGCGCUUCGCCUUCCUCUUCAACAACGAGGUGCUGUGCGACGUGCACUUCCUGGUGGGCAAGGGGCUCGGCGCGCAGCGCAUCCCGGCGCACAGGUUUGUGCUUGCUGUGGGCAGUGCUGUCUUCGACGCCAUGUUCAAUGGAGGCAUGGCCACCACAUCCACUGAGAUCGAGCUGCCUGACGUGGAGCCAGCUGCCUUCCUGGCGCUGCUCAAGUUUCUCUACUCAGAUGAGGUUCAGAUCGGGCCCGAGACAGUCAUGACCACGUUGUACACAGCCAAGAAGUAUGCGGUGCCUGCGCUUGAGGCCCACUGUGUGGAGUUCCUGAAGAAGAACCUGCGGGCAGACAACGCAUUUAUGCUGCUGACACAGGCCCGGCUCUUCGACGAACCACAGCUCGCCAGCCUGUGCCUGGAGAACAUUGACAAAAACACAGCCGAUGCCAUCACCGCAGAAGGCUUCACAGAUAUUGACCUGGACACACUGGUGGCCGUCCUGGAGCGGGACACACUGGGCAUCCGCGAGGUGCGCCUGUUCAAUGCUGUUGUCCGCUGGUCCGAAGCCGAAUGUCAGCGGCAGCAGCUGCAGGUGAUGCCCGAGAACAAGCGGAAGGUCCUGGGCAAGGCACUGGCCCUCAUCCGCUUCCCGCUGAUGACCAUUGAGGAGUUUGCUGCAGGGCCCGCACAGUCGGGCAUCCUCGUGGACCGCGAGGUGGUCAGCCUCUUCCUGCACUUCACCGUAAACCCUAAGCCUCGAGUGGACUUCAUUGACCGGCCGCGCUGCUGCCUCCGCGGCAAGGAGUGCAGUAUCAACCGCUUCCAGCAGGUGGAGAGCCGCUGGGGCUAUAGCGGCACGAGCGACCGCAUCAGGUUCUCCGUCAACAAACGCAUCUUCGUGGUUGGCUUCGGGCUCUACGGCUCCAUCCACGGGCCCACAGAUUACCAAGUGAACAUCCAGAUCAUCCACACAGACAGCAACACAGUCCUAGGCCAAAACGACACGGGCUUCAGCUGCGAUGGCUCUGCCAGCACCUUCCGGGUCAUGUUCAAGGAGCCGGUGGAGGUGUUGCCCAAUGUCAACUACACGGCCUGCGCCACGCUCAAGGGCCCGGACUCCCACUAUGGCACCAAAGGCCUGCGCAAGGUGACCCACGAGUCACCCACAACAGGGGCCAAGACAUGCUUCACCUUCUGCUAUGCAGCAGGGAACAACAAUGGGACGUCCGUGGAGGAUGGCCAGAUCCCUGAGAGCCGGCAGGACCCUGGCAGCACUGGGACCUGGCCCUGUCCUCUCUACGGCUGUUUCCGCCACUGUAAGAGGGGAGCCUGGGACCCCUGCCUGCAUCUGGAAUUGCUGUCUCCCAACCCAGGCUCCCAUCUGGAGGCAUCCACAGCGCAUGGGGGGCUGGGGACGCGCCCUGCCCCUGCAGUGAAGCAGUGGAGGGCGCUGGGUGGGUGGGCAGCAUGGCCACGGACACCCGCAGGGAAGGCCACACUGUGGGGUUGUGCCCAGGCAGGGUCUCUUGGAGCCUUAUAGCACAUUCCGGAGUGUCAGGAGGGACCCCGCUGCAACGAGCUGUGCAGGGACCUUUUGGGCUCUGCCCUCUGGACCUACGCCAGCAGCUGGUGUGCGCAGGCACCCAGAAGUGCUCAGCUUGGUCCCCAGGCUGCACCUAUGCAGGGGUGGGUAACCUGACCUGGGUCCCUGCUGGUCACUGCUAGUUGUCAUGACAAUGUCCAGCAUCCAGUUAAAAAUUACAAAGCAUGCUGAGAAAUAGAACUACUAAGCAAGUGAAACAAUAGAAAACAAACACCCACACAUAUUUCAGAAAUUGGGAAUUUAUAUAUUCAAGACAGUGGAGGAAAUGAAGAACAGAAUAGAUGCAUUAAUGGAGCAUUUCAAGAGUUGGAAUACAUCUGUUUGACAUCCUACCACUGAAAAAUACAGUGUCUGUGAUGAGGAACUCAGUGGUUAGGAGCACCAGAAGACAGGAUUAGUGCACUAGGAAACAGGGCAAUGAAAAAUACCCAAGGUCGAGCACAAGAAGAAAGAAUGGAAAACACAGCAAAGCACAGGAAAUGGGGGCACGAAGGUCAUGGCACCUGUCAGUGGGUCCCAGAGGAGGGUGGGAGAGUGGGGCCCAGGCUGUACAUGAAGAGAGAUGGUAGCUAAGAACAUUCCAGAAUCAAAACAUUAAUCCAAGUGUUUGCAAAUCUCAAUGACCCAAAGUGGGAUUAUAAACAAAAAACAGAAGACAUAUUCAAACUGCUGAAACCCCAAG